AAUGCAACAUGGUAAAUAUCGUGUAGCUCUUUAAUUUUUUGGAAGAUUUAAGAAUUUCUUAGAAACUAACAACUUAAAAGAUAAGGAAUGGGUUGAUGUUUCAAGAAGGUAAAUCUUGUCAUAAUUAAUAGAAUUGUCUAUUCCAAUUUAUAACUUAGAAGAUAUGAGGAUGCAGAAGCUCAACUAGAAGAAAUAAUAAGAUAAUUUUUAAGAUAAAAAGCUAAUUAUGCCCUUGUGUAUUCUGCAUAUAGUGAUCUAUUAACUCAUUGUUUGAAAUACAAUUUAAAUAAGGCAAUAUUAUUGGGAAAAGCAUUAUUAAGUGAAAUGUAGAGAGAAAAUGUACCUUUAGGAUAUUAGAAACAAUUCUUAUAUUUCUUGGGAGUAUUAAAUUUAAUCAUUAUUAAAAGACAGCAUAUUUAUUAAAGGAAAAUUAUACUGAUGCAAAAUCAAGAUUGAGAGAAUGUUUAGCUUCAGAUCCAUCUAAUCAAUUAAAAGGAUGGGCUUAUAAUAGUUUAGCUGUUGCUUCAUGGUGGCAUAAAUUUCCAAGUCUUAGAGAAUUUGUUAGUGAUGAUGAGGAAGAGACAGGUCCUUAAUAAAGUGAUAUUCCAGCUGAAAAUAUAGAUGCUGAUUUUGAAAAUGUGAUACCUCUAUUUAAAAAGUCAAUUUAUUACAUAGAACAUUCAAAUAAUCAAAUUAAAACAGGAUUGGAAUGGUUAUUAAAUGAAGAUCUAUUACCAUAAGAUAGAACUAAUCUAACAAAAACAUAAUUUAAAAGUUUGCAUGUUGGAAAACCAUUACUUAAUUUAAGUGAAUUUGUAUUAAAUAAAGCACCAUCUAAACGUGCUGAAUUAUAAUUUUGGUUAAAAACUACAAUCAAUUUUUAUGAGGAAUAAGAUCCAACAAAUAUGGAUAGAUCUCUUUUAUUUUUAGCUUGGAUGUGUAGUACUAAUAAAUAUGUAUAAAAAUUAUGAUAAAUGUUUUUAGUUUGAUAGAGCAGAAAGUAUGUAUAGAAUAGUAUUAUAAAUGCUUGAGAAUUCAGAUUCUUACAAUAAAGUAUUAUGUAUGUAAUUGCUUGGAAGUAUGUUAAAGAAGAUGCCAAAUAGAAGUAAUGAAGGAGAAUGUAAAUAAUCAUAUAUAUAUAUAAUAUAGAAUUGAUAAUCAAGGCUUAAUAGAUUGCUGAAGAAUUACCCUAUUGGUCCAAUAGAUAAGUACAUGUUAUUAUUCCUGAUUUUGAAAUCUGAUU